AUGACACGAGGGACUCCGCCGAGGGGUGGUCACAAUGGACGGGGCCCGCAGAGAAGCGUCUCACAAGGAAGUUCGGCCUCAGUUGCACGUGGACCCUGUGGAUUUUGUGGGAAACCAAACCACACUGAGGACAACUGUUGGAGGAAAGAAAGGAAAUGCUUGCGCUGCGGGAGUGCGGAGCAUCAAAUAGCUAACUGUCCGGUGUUACCUCGGGAGGCUAGAGUAACCACCCAGUCGUCGAAGGCUAACUCGGGACAGUCCAAGGUAGAAGGGACAAAGCCAAAGGUGCCAGCUCGGGUUUACUCCCUUGAGCAACAACAAGUCCCUGAUUCCUCUGGGGUUGUAGAAGGUACGAUCCCUGUUUUUCAUCGUCUAGCUAGGAUUUUGAUCGACCCUGGUGCUACCCAUUCCUUUGUUAACCCCAAUUUUAUGUGCGGCAUUGAUAUAACCCCUGUUAGCUUGCCUUAUGACUUAGAAACCCCACCUCCUCUCCAGCCGUUAAACAAAUCUCCUCCUCUUGAAGCUAAGGCUCUGCAGGUGAUGGUUGAUGGCGAUGAUGGUUGCUGA